AUGGUGGAGGAGCUGAGGGUGCAGGAGCUGAGGGAGCAGGAGCUGAGGGCGGAGGAGCUGAAGGUGGAGGAGAUGAGGGUGGAGAAGCUCAGAUCCUAUGUAAUACUGUUCCAGGAGCCAGGAACAAGGGCCUCGCAGCAGGAUGCCACGCCUUUCUUUGAUAUACAGAAGAAGCUGGGCAUUGACUUAGACCGCUGGCUGUCAAUCCAGAGUGCUGAACAGCCUCACAGGAUUCCAGCUCGAUGCCAUGCUUUUGAAAAAGAAUGGAUAGAAUGUUCACAUGGAAUUGGUGGUAUCCACGCACGGAAAGAGUGCAAUAUAGAAUAUGAAGAUUUAUUAGAAUGUCUGCUUCGGCAGAAAACGAUGAAAUGCCUGAGUGCCAUCGUGAAACAGCGGAAUAAGCUAAUCAAGGAGGGGAAGUACACACCUCCACCCCACCACACGGGCAAGGAGGAGAACCCAAGGCCCUAAGCAGAGCAGCAGCUGGAGUCUGAUUUUCAUGUUCAUCUUCUCCACUGGAAAGCUUAUGUACUGACAACUUCUUUGUGAAAGUAUCUAAAAAUAAAGGAUUGCUUCAUCCUAAAAAAAAAAAAAAAAAAAAAA